GACGCAUUGACGCUAGAGGGCUGCCGAGGCCAGCGAGUCUGAGCCAAUCACAAAGCUCAGAACGAGUGACGCACAUACGUCAAUGUACUCGCAGGCCUACGUGACGCGCGAGCGGAGAAUCAACUGAUGUUGUGUGUAAAUGAACUCUUUACGUGAUUUCCCAAGAUUUCCACGCCGCGAAAUGUAUGAAGAAAUGUCAGUGGAAAGAAACUGGACGGACACCGAGACGAGGGCGCUGCUGUACAUCCGACAGGAUGAAGAAAUCAGUAGGCAAAUCAGCGGAACGGUUCGCGACUCUCUUAUUUACGCCGAAAUAUCAAGGCUUCUGCGGGCGCAAGGGAUCCACAGAACCAAGCGACAGGUCACCACCAAACUGAAAACACUCAAGCAGAAGUUCUUGAAAAUACACCAACAUCACAAAAACAACGGCCACGGCAGAGUCUACUGGAAUUACUAUGAUCUCUGCAAGUCCAUCUGGGGCAGCAACCGCUCCACAGACGCUUUAACACUUCAUAAUAACGUCAAACUCGAAGAGCCCCAGAGUACAUCCAUCGAGGAUGCGAGAAACGAGAGCAGAUCCACGGACAUCGAGGUGUCAGUCAGUCAUGAUGAGGAGACGGAUGACAUGACAGACGUUGUCACUCAACCUGUGAGGAAGAAGGCCAAAAAACAUUCCAUUACCGACUCUAUGAGAGAUCAAGAGCCUCUCCACGUGCAGAACCAGAGGGAGUAUGAGGAACGCUUGCGAAGGGAAGCCAGAGAAGAGCAGAAGGAGGAACGAGCAAGUCUUAUGGCCAUGUGGAAGGAGAUGAUGGAGUUUCAAGGGAACCUCUUAAAGGAGUUUAUUCACCGCCCAUCUCUGCCUUCACAUCCAUCUUACCACAGACAUGCUCUUCACAACCAAGGACGCUCUAGUUUUCCAAGCACUAGCUACAUGGCACCGUACGACUCGCCAGGAGCUGAAACUGAGAAUGAAAGUGCAAUCUCACACGAGGAAGAGGAGGAGGAGGAAGAGGAGAAAUAUGUUAUUCCAGCUGAGAUUGCACCCAUGUUGGACGUUCAGUCUGUUAACCGUGCGAACGACAGCCAAUCAAACACAGCAGAGACUGUUUCACCCCCGACGCCUACACAAUCAGCAGGAAAGAGCGAUCUGGAGAUGUCUGUGCUACGCAGACAGGAAAGAGUCUUACAGCUUCAGGAAGAAUACUAUUCACUCAAAAUCAAGUAUCUGAAACACAAGAUGGCUAAGGAUCCAUGACAGAACGCUGAAGAGGAGUGUUAACUGUUCUGCUCUUUCAAGCUGUGAAAACUUGCUUUGCAAAUGUAGAUGUUCUCAGCUGGGCUGUGAAAAAUAUCAAUGUGUACGUUUCUGUGCACCUCAUAUUCCUUGUAGUUUAUUUGACAUAUUUUGACCAGUAGAUGGCAAGGUGGUUACGUCAUAUUUUUCCUGGUGUCAUUAGACAUGUCCAAGAGAAAUUAACAGGUAGGUCUACGUUUUUCUUUAAAUAUGUGAAUAUUUAUAAACAUUUGCUAAUAUGGCAGUUUACUAGCAGUUGUUGGUUUUUGGGACAUUAUUUAGUAAAAUUCUCCCCAUUUUCUCCACUAAUUGGUUUGUUACUAUAUGUAACACCCACUUUCACAAUUAAUUCCUGAUGGAUAACAGUCUUGCUUUACCUUUUAUGUUCCCAUUUAAGGUUCUGUUUUGCACAUUACAGCAGUAAAAUGUGUUGUAAAUACAUUUUAAUGUUGACUAUAUAGGAACUAUCGUGAGCUAGACAUUACUCUCCUAAUGUGGAGUACGUCUAUACCAUUAUUUUUCAUUAAAUUAAUGAAAGCCAUUGAGUCAUACAUAGUAUUUAAAAAACUAAAUCAAAAACAAAAGUCUUGGUCACACUUUAUUUUAAUGUCCAAUUCUCGCUAUUGACAAACCAUUAACUACGACUUUUGCCGCUUAUUAAUAGUUAAGGUAGUUAAGUUUAGGUGUUGAUUAGGGAUGUAGAAUAUGGUAAUGCAGAAUAUGUGCUUUAUAAGUACUAAUAAACCAAUAUGUUAAUAGUAAGCAUGCUAAUGAGCACUAGUUAAUAGUGAGAAUUGGUCCCCUAAAAUCUUUUUUUAAAUAAUUGUUUAAAAGCAGGGAUUCCCAAAUUAUAUUUGUUAGUCAAACCCCUUUGAACUAAAAGAUUUUGAGAUUUAUAUUUAUUUUAAGUUAUAUUUAAUAUUUCAAAACAUUUGCAUGCUCAUGGUUCUCUGAUGUCAGUUAAUGGUCACAUGACAUUUAGGUAAACAAAUAAAAAAUAUAUUUUUAAAUGUUUUUAUUUGGAUUCAUUUUAUUCUAAAGUUAUUUAUUUAUUUUUCAUUUUAAAAGUUUCAAUAAAUAAUGGAUUUUCGUUAUCUUUCAACCCUGUGCAGUUCCUUUGUGAACCCCAGAUUGGGAAACGGUUCAAUCAAAAAAGAAAAGAAAAAAAGUUGUUCUGAAGCCUUAUGCUGUUAUUUGUUCUGUACACAGCUUUUACAACAUCCGUCAAGCUUUAAAAGGGACCAAAAAUGCCAUAAAACUGCUUCACAUAGAACUUUUAGACUUGUGCUAAAGCACACAAGUAUUAUGGAGUAUUUUGUGUUCCCUUACAUCUGUCAAACUCCAAAAAGGCCCUUUUUGAGCUUGACAAACCCGAGUCACUGUGAACUCAACAAUUCUUCAAAAAUGUCUACAUUUGUGUUUCACAGAAAAAAAAUAAGCAAACAGGUUUGGAAUAACACGAGUGAGUAAAUAAUGACAGGAUUUCCGUUCUAUAUCCUAUAUCCUUCAGUGUUCUUUUUAAAUUAUCACUCUAUUUUCACUUCCACCUCUCUCUUGUUCCAAGUCUCCCUCAUGCUAUUACUUCUCACAGGAAGACAUGUCCAGUGUUUUUGUUUUAAAAUGAUGUGUGAUGCCAAAUUGGCUAGGAUUUUCACUUUCUUUACUGUUGUGAUUUAUAUAUUUUUUUGUUUCAGUCUUUUGUGAAAAAAAAAAAGUUUAUAGAUCUGAACAUGAAAUGAAAGCGAAACAAAAUCGAUUAAAAUAUUUAUAGUUAUAAGGAAUGUUUUGGAUUAUAUACAAAUCAAAUAACAGAGCUUUAUAGAGCUUAUAUAUUACAUGCUGUUGAUUAUGUAAACGCAAAUAUAGAUUUUAAUUAAUGCAUUUGGCAGAUGCUUUUAUUGCAUUUAAGCAUACAUUUAAUACAAGUGCACAUUUUGUCAAGUUAAAGCAAAUCGCUGAGUAUUGAACCAAUGAUCUCAGUGUUGUUAUGCAUGCUCUGUUUGGGCUAUAGGAAUGGAGCUAAUCAUUUUGACUUGUCCUUAAAUUUGUAAGAACAAGCUAAAGUUGGUUGGUAAUGCAUUACCAGUCAUUUAUUUGCCUAAAAAAGUAGUCUCACAACUAAUGGCAUAAUUUAGGUGACUUUACAGCUCACAUAACAUUUUUUAUUUAUUUUUUUGUGUAAGAAUUAAUAUAAGCGCUUAAAAAAGAUACAGGAUGCACAUUUUAAGCCCACAAAAGGUUCUUUAUUGACAUCUGUGGUUCCAUGAAGAACUUUUAUCAUCCAUGGAAUCUUUUCAUUGUACUUGACAAUUCACUUAACUUAUUUAUUUUUUCAAUUUAUUAUUUAUUUAAUAAUUUUAAGGCAACGGGCUUCCUCAAUUUUUUUAAGUUAAGUCAACUUAUCACUUUUUACAGUGUAGGCAUUAAUUGUAAAUAUACUGUACACUUUUAUUCUUUAACUGACAGAUGAGUUGAAAAUGUCUGUGAUAAUCGAUGAAAUGCCACAGAAGUCAUUCAUAGAUAAGUUUUGUUAAACUUUGACAAUUGAAAGUUUGUUGGAAGCAUUAUGUCUGCAGAAGAAAGCAUUGUAACCUUAAAAUGUGUCAGGGCUUCACAUCACAAAAUGUCCAUGGGGCUUUGUGGUAAAGCUGAAUGUUCUAAGAAAGUAAUUAAUAAAUAACUGGAAUAAAUACAUAAGAACCUCACAAGAGUUCUCCUGUGGUUUUCCAGCGAGAGGCUGAUGAGAAAUGUCAAACAUACUGGGCAUGAUUUUCUGUGAAGCAGCUGCUCACGGGGUCUUGCUGAGUGGGAUUACACUUAACACUUCCCUCCUGGGUGAAAUGUCGCCCUCAGACUGUUACCUAAGUGCUGCAGUCAAAAUGAAAAACACUGCGACUCUUCAGAUGCUUUGGAGUCAGUGUAGACUGGAUGUUCAGCAUGGUGAAGCCCAGAUCUUGUAUAUGUCCCAGAUCUGAUGUUCUUUUAGAAAAAUACAUGAAUACUUUACUCUGAGUGAUUUCAGCUUUGUGAUGUUAUUGUGCAUUUAUGCCUUGCUAACAGGGAAUUCCCAAGCAAACAUUUGAAAGUAAACGUUACAUUGUGGGAAUAUCCAAUGCUUGGUUAGUUUAAAAAUUCAUAUGCAUUUUACUUGAGAAUGAAUGACAAUGUUUGCUACAUGAAAUCUAGUUAUCUUUAGUUUAAAAUUUUUAUGGAUUUUAAAAUAUUGUGUCCCAUUUCUUUUAUUGUCUCUUAUCGACAGCAUCAUGACCAAUAAAUAAAGUUUUAGUGCAUUUAAUAUUUAAAUUAUAUAUAUAUAUAACAGUAAUAUUAAAUAACUGUUAUAUACAUAUACUAACAUAUAC